AUGGGGAAUAUCCAUGAGGGGAUAGUAGAAAUCAAUAUGUUUUCUAGUAUCGAGAAUCAGGUGGUGUCGAAACUAGGAGAUGUUCAAUUAUCACAUACUGAGAGUAUGGAGAAGGUGAUGGAGGCUACGGAGCUUAUGUUAAAACAUUGUUGUGCGUAUGGAGGUGUUUGUGAGGGGUAUAAGAAUAAGCUAACAGAGGUGGUGAUGAAACAAGUGCAUAAGUAUAAAGAAAGAUUCAGGAAGGCAAAUGCUAGGAAAAAUAAUGUGGCUGUGGAGAAGAUAGAAGAGGGUUGGGAAACUAAAAUUAUGAAGAUGAAUAGGUGGUUAGUGAAGCAAUUGUGGUUUGAUGAGGAUUUUGAUUGGUUGUAUCUUCCUUCUGUAGGGAGUCAUGUGAAAAGUGAAGAAGAGAGAAAUAAAGGUGAAGGAGAGUCUAGAAAUAAUAAUUUCUUGAAUGAUUACAUUAUGAAGAAUGAGUUGGUGGAUAUGCCAUUUGUUGGGGGAGCAUUUAUUUGGUAUGACAUGACAGAGGAUCCUCUUCUUUGUAGGCCGGAUAGGUUUCUUCUAAGUAUUGAUUUUGAUUUACUUUUUCCAGAUUCUAUUCAAGUUUCUCUAACAAGAGUGGUUUCAGAUCAUAAGCCUUUGAUGUUGGUGACUAAGCCUAGUAUAAAGAGUAAACCUUACUUUAAGUUUGAAAAUGGGUGCCUGCUGCAUAAGGACUUUUUCAAGAAUGUGGAGAAAUGGAAGGAGUUUGGUGGUCUUAAAAAGGAAAAGGAGGAGCUUAAUAAGAAGAUUAAUGUGCUGGAUCAGAUGGAGGAAACACAUAAGCUUUCUGAUGAGCAGUUUGAGGAGAGGUUGAAGAGUUUGUUGCAAUUGAAGAAGAUAAAAUCUAUUGAGGCAAGGAAGUGGCAUGCUAGAGCUAAGCAGAAUGAAUUUAGGUGGGGGGAUUCUAACACCUCUUAUUUUCAUAGAAUUGCUAAUGCUAGGAAGAAGAUAAACACAAUAGCUAAGCUGGAGAUUGAUGGGAUGGAAAGUUUUGAGCAGGAGAGUAUAAAAGCUGAAAUGAGAAGUUAUUAUGAAGGACUUUUUACUGAAAAUAAUGAAGUGUCAUUUUCUUUUGAUAAUCUAUUUUUUCCAAGUAUUGCUGAGGGAGAGAAGGAAGAGUUGGAAAGGGAGUUUUCUGAAGCUGAAGUGUAUGAUGUUGUUAAGCAUUUUGGUACCAAUAAAUAUCUAGGGCCUGAUGGGUUUUCUAUGGAGUUUUACAAGAUAUGUUUGCCUAUAAUUAAAACUGAUUUCAUGAAGUUGAUGGCUGAAUUUUUUAGGUUUGGUUCUUGGGAUUGGAGGUUGAAUUGUUCUUUCAUUUCUCUUGUUCCAAAGAAGGAGGAUUCUUGUACUUCUAAGGAUUUUAGGCCUUUGAGUCUUUUGGGUAGUGCUUAUAAAAUUCUUUCAAAGGUUCCAGCAAAUAAGUUGAAAACUAUGAUGCAUAAAUUAGUUCCAGAUUCACAGGGUGCUUUUAUUAAGGGAAAGCAAAUUUUGGACGGUGUUCUUAUUGCAGGAGAAUGUGUGGAUAGCUGGUUCAAAGAUAGAAAACCAGUUCUUGUGAAUGGGAGUUCCACAAAGAAAUUCAAACCAUCUAAAGGAUUAAGACAAGGUGAUUCUCUUUCACCUUUCUUAUUUUUACUUGUGGUGGAGAUUUUGUCAAAGUUAAUUGAUGAUGCUGUUAGGAGGGAUCAAUUGAAAGGUUUUCAGGUAGUUGAAGGUGGGAUCAUGAUUUCUCAUUUACAAUUUGUUGAUGACACCUUAUUGUUUGUGGAUGCUAAUGAGGAGGAGGUGAGAAUAUUGUGUUCUUCAGUUUGGGAUGAGGUGGUGAAGAGAAUGGAAGUAAAAUUGGCUUAUUCGAAGAAGAAAUUUAUUUCUAAGGCUGUGAGGUUAGUUUCAAUAAGAAGUUGUUUAGCUAGUUUACCUGUUUAUUUUCUUUCUUUAAUUCCUAUUCCAGCCAAUGUGGAGAAGAAACUGAACAAGCUUAUGAGAAGAUUUCUUUGGGGUUCUACUGAUGUUAGAAGGAAAAUGAGCUGGGUUUCUUGGCUUAAAGUUUCUAAACCUAAAUCUUUAGGUGGAUUGGGUGUGAAGAAUUUGAAAUGUACAAGUCAAGCUCUUAAAACUAAAUGGGUAGGGAGAUACGCAACUGAAAAGAAAGCUUUAUGGAGGAGGGUAGUGCAACAAAAGCUAAAGAAUAAGGAGGAAGCUAGUCUGCCAACUAAUGAUGAUACUGCUAUUGGGAGGAGUAAUUGGAAGAGUAUUCUCAAUAAUACUUCUUUUGUGGAUAAGGAGGUGAAAUUUAAUUUUAACAAUGGUAAAUCAAUAAGGUUUUGGCUUGAUGAUUGGAUUGCAACAGGUGCUUUGAAAGCAAGAUAUCCAUCAAUUUACAAGGCUUGCAGGAAUAAGAAUGCUUCAAUUGAUGACAUGAUUGAGAAUGACAGAUUAACUUGUCAAGUGAGAAGAAGAUUGAAUCAGAAUGAGCAGUUUGAAUGGGACAUGCUCUGCAAUGAGUUAGGUCCAGUUCAUGGAUUGAAUGAAGAAGCUGAUUCUGUGGAUAUUAUGGGAGGGUUUACAGUGAAGAAGUGUUAUAAGUUUUCGGUUCAGGAGAAGGAAAUUUGUGAUUUCAAUAAGUUCUUGUGGAAACAAGGUGUUCCACCAAAGAGGGGUGAAUACUCAAGAUGCUAA